AUGCCCGCCGCGCUCCGUUCGAUCGACCUUGCGGGGUGCAGCUUUCGACAGGUCUCGCCUCUCAAGUUGCUGGACCUGCUGGCGUCCUGUCCCGUCCUGGAGUACCUCAAGCUUUCUGGCUUGUGGUCCAACAUGACCGACUCACAGCUCUUCUUCCACUGCAAGGACUUCCCCUACAUGCAGAGGGUGGUUCAGCAGUUUGGCAAGAGCCUGAUGGUAAAUUUGCUGGCCUGA